AUGUAUCCUGAACAAACAGAAGGUAACAGCACCUCUUCAGACCAAAAUGAAUCUGAAGUACCACUUCCUGUAACAGAUACAUUAGAUGAAUUAUCGGAACUUAUUUAUAUCCCUGAUAAUUCUGAUCAUAUACAUGUUCUAUUAGAACCACAAAUCCUCUUAGAAAGUAACGCGCAUUCACAAAAUUCUCUAUCAAAUUUUGAAAACUCUGGCCAAGGUCAUGGAUCAGGUGUAUUUUUUGAUAGUAAUUUCAUGAAUAUGGCUAUGUUGGUACCUAUAGUUCUUCAUUUAGCAUAUCGUAGAGGUAAUUCCUCUAGUAGAGCAUUGAGAAGAACACAAAUAAAUACGCAUUCACCUGAACUAACAUCAGAUGGAGAAGAAGUAGUAGAAGAAGAAGAAGGAGAAGGAGAAGGAGAAGGAGAAGAUAUCCAUAUACCUUAUAAUACAGAGGAAUCAAAUAUUGGAAUAUUUGAUGAUGUCUCAUCUAUUCUCGGGGAAUAA